AUGGAGGUUUUAGAAGUUUUGAGACGUUGUCUAUGGAUAUUUUUCAGAUUUGAAAAUGCAUGGAUUGAAAAAUUUGUAAUAGGGGAAAAAGGAGGAGGUGCAGGAAUUUAUGGACCGUUAAAUUCAGCCGCUAAAACUAGUAUGAUAGAAUUAAAUAGUUUUGACGAAGAUGGUAUUAAUAAUAAAGAGUCAAGAGACGAGGAAAUAUUAGAAUAA